UCGUGUCCACAGACAUCAUUACCACUCGACGUUUCUAACAAACGCAACUCAAAAACCCAACAUCAAAAAUGAACUCCUUCGUCGCCGUCUUCGUCGCCUUCGCCGUUGCCACAGCCAACGCAGGCCUCAUCGGAGCCCCCUUGGCCACCUCCUACGCCGCCCCCUUGGCCGUAGCCCACGCUCCCGUGGCCGUGGCCCACGCCGCCCCCCUGGCCACUAGCGUCGUCUCCACCCGCACCAUCCACGGCGCCCCAGUCGCUGUGGCUCACGCCGCCCCCGUCGCCGUCGCCCACGCCGCUCCAGUCGCUGUGGCCCAUGCCGCCCCAGUCGCUGUAGCCCAUGCCGCUCCUCUCGCCGUCGCUCACGCCGGUCCCGUCGUAGCCGGCCCAGCCAUCGCCCGCACCGUCUACGGAGGCGCCUACGGAGGAGCCUACGGUUACGGAGGUGCUUACGGAUACGGUUUGGGAUCCGGACUCAUCGGAGGACAUGGACUCAUUGGAGGAGCUCAUAUUCUCUAAAUACUUUGUAUAAUCUGUUGGGAAUAAAAUUUAAUUUAUUCGAUUAAAA